GGUUACAGCUCAGUUGUGUUUUCAUUCAAGCCAGUUUAGCCACUCCUCUGCUCAACUUUCAUUUGUAUCUGUGUCACAUGGAGCCCAAAUUAGACCUAAACCCUGACACAGAUGACCUUCCCCUGAGAGCCAAUACUAACCACAUACUCAUAAGACAUUAUGUCCUGGACCUGACCGUUCAUUUUGACAAUACGGUCAUCAAUGGCAGUAUUGUUUUGUUCCUUGAGCCUCUCACCGGAGUUACAACUACGCCAGAGGAUGACGUUGGACCUGGAACUGAUGAUGGUGCUGGAACAGGAAGGAGUCAGUGUUGCUCUAGACAUGAGAAGAAUGAAGACAAGGAGACUGGUGCAAAAGAGGGGGAUACAGAGGCUGCAUGUGGAUCCCAGAGUGUGGUUGACACUGGGAGCUUUCAGUCUUCAGACCUGUGGCAAACCACUAAUGAGGAUGAUUUCACCUUAGUGCUAGACUGCUGUGACCUUGAUGUGUCAAAGGUGGAAGAGGUGGACAUCACCUCUAUGUUGGGCCCCUUACCCGAGGUCGCAUCUGAAAGGGCAGAAGUAGUUUCAGUGAACCCACAAACCACCUUCAUUCAGAAGCUUUUCUCAGUGCCCUCAGCUCAGUGGAGGCUGAAGCACCAGUUAUAUUCCCAGUGCAGCCGUGCCCCUGGUGCUGCUCAAAAUGACAACCUACUACAUUUUCAUAGAGAUCUCUGGAGUUUGCAGGUAAGGAAGAAGGGAGUCACUUCACCUCAGGAAUUUCCUCGUGUUAUCAGGAUCUGCUACAAGACGAGACCUACUGGAGGCUCUGUGAUGUGGACCAAAGACCAGGACAACAGGAUUUGUGUUUACACUGCUGGUUCUCCCAUCAACAAUCGAGCCCUUUUCCCGUGCCAGGAGCCGCCGGUUGCCAUGUCAACAUGGCAGGCAACAGUACGGGCCCCCAGUGAGUGCGUGGUUUUGAUGAGUGGGGAUGAGCAGACUGUUCCAACUGAAGAUGGGGACACAUCAGAUUUCCUAAUCUGGAAUUACUAUGUCACAAUGCCCAUGCCUGCAUCCACCUUCACUUUGGCAGUGGGCCAUUGGCACCAAGUCCCAGCAAAAACUCUUCCCACAUUGGAAAAAGAGGUUGGGGACAGGAAAGAAUGUGGAGAGAUGGCCAAACCCAGGACCAACUGUGAGGAAUGGGCUGAGGCUGAGCCUGUGUCUAGACUUGGAAACUCCUCAAGUAAAGUAGUAAAGGACUCACCACUCCAGACUGGCAGCAAAGACCAGACCACCAGCUCCGACUCUGCAUUCUGUCAUUCUUCCCUUGAGGAUGAAGCGCGCUCUGUAACAGAUUAUUCAAGCAUGGUAGAUGACGGCAGUUCUUGUUCCCAUGGCGACUACCCUUGCCGGUUUACUGAGUGGUCGGCUUGGUCCCAACGGGUGAUUCCACACCGUGUAUUUAGCCCCGUCUGCCUGCAAAAGAAGGCCCAGAUGUCAGUCCUCAAACUGCUGCCUUGCUGUUUGGCUGCAGCUCACACUGUUCUGGGUGUGCACCCCUUUUCCCGUCUGGAUGUUCUUAUUGUUCCAGCCGGUUUCUCCAGCCUGGGCAUGGCUAGCCCCCACAUCAUUUUCCUUUCUCAAAGUGUGUUGAAUGAGAGCGACCUGUCUCUCUGUGGGUCGAGGCUUUGCCACGAGAUAGCCCACUCAUGGUUCGGGCUGGUUAUUGGAGCCAGAGACUGGACGGAAGAAUGGAUCAGCAAGGGUUUUGCUACCUGCCUUGAAGACAUUAUUUGGGCCCAAGCACAACAACUGUCUUUACAGGAGACAACAGAGCAAUCUGAGCUGAAGGCGUUGCUGAGGUGGAGGCGACUUUCUGAUGAGUUGCUGAACUCAAAAGAGGAACUUCAGAUCCUCAGGCCGAACAUGGAAAAGACCGGUCAGGUCAGUGACUCUGGCUCCUCCAUGGUUAAACAUGCCCUUAACCCUGAUAAGCCCUUCAUGCAAGUCCACUACCUCAAGGGCUAUUUCCUUCUCACAUUCUUGGCCAGUCAGGUGGGUGCUGAACAACUCAUUGACUUCUUCAGAGUGUUUGUGAGGAAAUACCAUGGGCAUCUUGUUUUGUCUCAGGAUUUUCUGCAAAUGUUCCUGAUUACCUUUCCCGACAUGGAGAGAAAAAGCCUCACCCUCAGUGCUAUUUACGCUGACUGGCUUGAUCAACCGGGAAUUCCAAAGUGGCUGUAUGAAAGGAGCACCGUGUGGUCACAGACGAGGCUGGUGGAAGAAGUCAAAGCAGAGGUUGUAAAAUGGAUUCUGUUCAGUCAGAGUCACCAGGGCAAGGGCAGAAAGAGGAAGAGAAUAGAAACCAGGGUGAACUUCAAAGAGCUGACGUCGGACCAGCUUGUGAUGCUUUUGGAGCUCCUGCUGGAGGAAUCGGAACUGAGCGUGCCACUGAUGCGUGCUCUGCAGACGGCCUACAAUCUGCAGAGACGAGAUGCUGAGAUUCAACAUCGCUGGUGCGAGCUUGUGGUCAAACAUGCGUAUGCUCAGGCUUAUGGGGACGUUGAACACUUUCUGGUUCACAAUCAGGCCAUGGGUGUGUAUCUGUACGGGGAGCUGAUGGUUCAGGAGGAUCCUGAGCAGCAGAGUCUCGCUCGUCGCUGCCUCUCACUCGUUCACGAGGAAAUGGACCAGUCGGCACGCAGAGUGGUGGAGGAGAUGAUCCUCUGACACCAGAGACUGCAAACAGAGACGACAGGAGUCCGGCACAGAGGCCGCGCGGGGGUCCGGCCUCGCCUCGCCCUUCUCUGGGAUGCUACAGAAGGAGCAGACGACUGGAGCAGCUUAGAGCGGCGCAGCACGAGCGCUACGUAG